GAAAGAAGGAACAUAUUCUUCUGUUGACAACCGCUAAUCCAUCUGGAAUAGAAAACAUCUUGAAUCGGUAAGACGUGCUGAUGGGGCAGUUGACAUCCAAGCAUGACGCAUUGGUCCCGGGCGUUAUCCCUAGUGUCCGCUUCUCAAUAAAUAAGGAAAGGCCUCCCAGAUACUCUUCACACCAUAAUGACGCCGGCAGCCAGCAACAAGAUGGUAACCUCCAAAAUCCUCCAACCAUCAUCGUCUCGGACGUGGAUUCAAGCGAAUCAGAGCACCAGGGGUCAAGGAUGGCACUGCGGAGAUCUUCCUUCUACAGCACGUUGGACCUGGUGCCACAGCUGGAGCAUUAUGCCAGCACACUGCCACGCCAGCAGUCAAGGAGCCGACCAUCUCUUGAGACUCUCCGCAGAUCAUUUGAGGCGAUCGACGUGGCAAACACCACCACAGACCCAAGAGUUAGUAGUCUGUCAGUCUCGGACAGCGGGAAUGAAGAGUCACAAGCUCCGCAGGAGAAAGCUCCAGUUAGAUUUGGCUGGGUGAUUGGAGUCAUGGUUCGUUGCAUGCUGAAUAUUUGGGGAGUCAUCCUGUUUCUCCGUCUAUCGUGGAUCACUUCUCAAGCAGGCAUUUUGUUGACCUGGGUUAUUAUCCUGAUGUCUAUGACGGUGACCUCAGUAACUGCCCUCUCCAUCUCUGCCAUCGCCACCAACGGGAGGGUGAUCUCAGGUGGGGCAUAUUUCAUGAUCUCCCGCUCCCUGGGUCCUGAAAUUGGUGGGCCAAUCGGGAUGGUCCUUUCCUUCGCCAAUGCUCUGGCCUGUGCCCUCAACACUGUUGGCUUUGCAGAGGUGGUCUGUGAUCUAAUGCAGGAGUUCGGUGUCGUCAUGGUCGACAACAUCAAUGAUGUCCGUAUUGUGGGCGUGAUCACAGUGACUUGUCUUCUGUUCAUUUCAUUGGCUGGAAUGGCAUGGGAGUCCAAGGCCCAGAUUUUGUUCUUUAUAGUUCUCAUGGUCUCGUUUACCAACUACUUUGUGGGCACAUUCAUCCCUCCCAGUCCAGAGAAAAAGGCCCAGGGCAUCUUUGGAUACCGCAGUGAGAUAUUCAUAUCAAACCUGAAACCAGACUGGAGAGGAGCUGAAGGCAACUUUUUCCAGAUGUUUGCCAUUUUCUUCCCCUCCGCCAUCGGCAUCCUGUCUGGAGCCAACAUAUCUGGAGACCUCAAAGACCCUGCUACUGCUAUCCCCAAAGGCACUCUCGGAGCCAUUUGCUGGACUACAUUCAGCUAUCUAGUUAUUUCUGUAACUGUUGCGUCAUGUGUGGUGCGGGACGCCUCUGGUAACAUAAAUGACAUUCUGACUGGAAACAUCACUGACGGCUGUGUGGGUCUGGGAUGUAACCUGGGCUGGAACUUCACAGAGUGCAUCCAGUCACAGUCUUGUGAAUAUGGCCUGGCCAACAAUUCAAAGGUACUGGGCCAAAUUUCAGGUUUCUCCUACCUCAUUACUGCUGGUGUCUUUGCAGCCAGCUUGUCGUCUGCCCUCGGCUUCCUCGUGUCCGCACCUAAAGUCUUUCAGUGUCUGUGCAGAGACAACCUAUACCCGUACAUUGGAUUCUUUGCAAAGGGUUAUGGGAAAAAUGAUGAGCCAUUCCGGGCCUAUUUUCUCUGCUACAUCAUUGCUGUGGCUUUCAUUCUCAUUGCUGAACUGAACACCAUCGCAGCCUUGAUCUCCAACUUCUUCCUGUGUUCCUACUGCCUCAUCAACUUCAGCUGCUUUCAUGCCUCAAUCACCAACUCCCCUGGUUGGAGGCCGUCAUUUCACUACUACAGUAAAUGGACAGCUUUGUUUGGAGCAGUGAUCUCUGUGGUGCUGAUGUUCCUGUUUACCUGGUGGGCUGCUCUCACCACCUUCUGCAUCAUCUUCUUCCUGUUUGGAUACAUCAACUACAACAAGCCAAAGGUAAACUGGGGUUCAUCAGUCCAGGCAGGCACAUAUAACAUGGCUUUGUCAUACACUGUCUCUCUGUCUGGUGUUGAGGAUCAUGUCAAGAAUUUUAGACCACAAUGUCUCGUCCUGACUGGGCCACCAAACCAGCGACCAGCCCUGGUGGACUUUGUUGGCUCCUUCACCAAACAUAUAAGCCUCAUGAUCUGUGGAGACAUACUCAUGGAGAAGGACAGGCAGACUCGACCACAUGACGCCACAGAUUGGUUGGUGAAGUGGAUGAACAAGAGGAAGGUGCGCUCCUUUUAUACUCCUUUCACCAGUGAUGGCCUCAGAGUUGGAGCUCGACACUUGCUACAGGCUUCUGGUCUUGGCAAGCUGAAGCCCAACACUCUGGUCCUGGGCUUUAAGGCAAACUGGAGGGACAGUUCCCCUGAAAGCAUUGAAGAUUAUACCAACACCAUAUAUGAUACCUUUGACUCCAACUACUGUUUGUGUAUCUUGAGGAUGAUGGAUGGGCUGGAUAUCUCUGAUCAGUUUGAUUUUGAAGUGAACCAGGGCUUUGAGCCUGAUGAAUCUGUUGAAAAUAACGACCAGCAAACCCCUGAGGGGGAAUCAGCUGACGACAUCUCCGAUAAAGGCGACAGUGAUCAGAUCAAGACAGUGUUUCAGAAUGACCAGGGGAAGAAGACCAUUGAUGUCUACUGGAUAGCUGAUGAUGGAGGUCUGACUCUGCUGGUGCCUUACCUGCUCACCAGGAGGAAACGCUGGCACCACAGUAAGGUCAGGGUCUUCAUUGUAGGAGAUGAGCAAAACAUGGAGGAAGGACGCAAUGAGAUGAUCGCUCUGUUGAAGAGGUUUCGUUUGGAUUUUAACGAUGUUACAGUCAUGACGGACAGUGAGAGGCGUCCACAUGCCAAGAACCUGAGUAGGUUUGUGGACAGUGUCGCCCCCUUCAGGCUAUAUGAUGAACAGCAGGAAGGUGUCUCAGUUGAGCAACUGAGACAAAGCACACCGUGGAAAAUAUCAGACAAAGAGUUUGAGGCCUUCAAACUUAAGUCUGAGAGAAAAGUGAGGCUGAAUGAAAUCAUCCGGAGGAAUUCACAACACACUGCUCUCGUGCUUGUGAGCCUUCCUGUGCCACAGAGCGACUGCCCCAGUGCUCUGUACAUGGCCUGGCUGGAUACUCUGACCUGUGGCCUCCACUGCCCCGCUGUGCUGAUACGAGGAAACCAGCAGAACGUCCUCACUUUCUACUGCCAGUGAAUCCUGUCUUACAGGGAUGGAUAUUUUGAGACAGUAAAUUAAAACAAUGCCCUGAGAACAAAGGGAAACAGCCACGUGAACCUAAUGAGUUAAAUUUAAAAAAAAAAGUUUUUGCAAGGUGUGCAAUUGCUACCAAGGGUGGGUUAACAAACUUUAUCAUAUCUGAACAAAGAACAUAUGUGUACAGAGUAAGAGCUCUUAUAGGCAAUGAUGGAAGAUAACACCAAUGCAGUUACUUGCAUCACUGUCAUCAAGAUCAUCUUUUGGAUGAUGUGGAUGCCAUCUUGGUCGGUUGCCCUAAACAACAGCUCCUGGUGAAAGCAAAGAGAGGAAGAGUUGAGGACCCCCCCGAUGCUACUUGGCCACAGCCAAAUUCUUACAGUAAAGUACAGUUCUUCCUAAAUAUGGGGAAAUACUGUAAAUGUUGAUGCUUUUUGGAGCCCAAAACAAGAACAAACAUUAACAGUAGAUUACUGUAAGAUUUGACGGCACAAUACAGUAUUUCCAUUUUCGCAGCAGUAACGGACCGAAGCCACAUGCAACCAUCAACAUCAUAUAGCUUAAUCAUUCUUCAUCCUCCCUCCAGGAAUCAAACUAAAAGGGCAGUAAACCUAAUAAUGUAGCCUCUUGAGAAAAUAUAAUUAUAUUUGUGCAUCUGGUUACAAGUAGGUUUAGACAUACAAGGAAUUUGCUUUGGUAUUUUGGUGCAAAAACAGUAAACGUAGUAGAAAUGUAAAGCAAGUACUGCAGGUCAAGAAACACAAAUAUAAAAAUAUAUAAAAAUAUAAAAUUAUAAAAACAAUAAUAUGUAUGAGAGUCAGUGUUAGUGGGGUCCCGGGCCUUGUUGAUGAGGCCAGCUGCAGACGGAAAGAAACUGUUUUUGUGGCGUGAGAUUAUGGUCCUGAUGGAGCGCAGCCUCCUGCAAGAGGGAAGUGUCUGAAACUGUUUGUGUCCAGGGUGGGAGGAGUCAGCCACAAUCUUUCUUGCUCACCUCAGGGUCCUGGAGGCAUGCAGGUCGCCAUUUUGGAGAGGUCAAGAUCUGUGCGUCCUCGAUCAUUUUUCGUGAUUGGCAACUAGAAAGCAUCCCGAUCUCAAAAUCGCAUAUUUUUACUGAAUAUCGGCCGAUAAUGAUCUGGGAUCCCUCGAAAUAAAUAAUCAAAAUAGGACAAAAUCAUUGCUGGCAAAUUCAAUAUUUUCCCCAUAAAUUGCAAGAUUUUUUGACCCCUUUUCUUUCAAAUGUCAUUUAUCUGCACUAUUUGUAAAGGCUGCAUUUUGUGUAAUGUAAAUUUUGUCUGCUUAAUACGUUGAUAUUGUUUGUUUUCUAUAAUAUUAAAUUAAAUUACAACUAUCCUAAAGGAUAUGGACUAAUUCUUGUCAACAAUAGACAGUUUCCUGGCAAUGAUAAAGAUCUGAAAGCUUGAUAUUUUAAUAUUCAAAUGCAACGUCAAUGUGGCAACUAGAGUGUAUGAACAGGAUUAAUAUACUAUUGUGAGCAGUCUGCAUCAGCACAGAAGGGAGAGACAUCAGAGCAGGGUGAAGCUGAGAAGAGCAGGAAAUCAUCCCAGACAGCCAUGGUGGUGCAUUUUCUCCUAAGCGCUGUCUUUGGAAACGCCAGUUAAAGACUCCUGCCUAAACAUUGAGUCCUGAGGGAAUUGGACAGUUAUUUUUUCUUACUGGACAUAGAAGAGUUUCAGUGCAUGUCCCUUAGCCUAAAGACAAGCUGUUAAAAUCAAGUUUUUUGUUCACUGCACACUAAAAUAUCAGUGUCAUCUAACAGAGCAA